GGAGUUGAAAUAACUUGUUUGAUAGGUUUUGUAUAUUGGAAAAUAGUAUCUUUUAGUUGGUUAUUGGGUAGUUUCUAUAAUCUAGUUGCCUUCUGAUCGUAAGUGUUUUGAAUUGAUUGUUAUCCGUCUCCUUUACUGUAUUUUAUCAAAGUUUAUAUUGGAUAUGACUGGUCACUCUUUGUUUGGUUGUAUAGAUGCUUUGUAUCAAAGAGAAGUUGAAGCAACUUUCUCUCUUCAGUUUGUUGAUCCAGGCUCCAUCAAGAACCCAUCGGAUUCAUCCUCUGUACAGUUGGGUAGUUUUUGGUCGCCUCCUCCUUCUUCUUCGUACGAGACCACUCAACCUGCUUCUAUGAACUUGACUGAACAUAUUGUGAUCCCAACACAUCAAGAUACGGACUUGAUGAUACCUAAUAACAAAGGUUCUUUGGAGUUUCAGAAUAUCUCCAACUCUAUGUCGGUCUCUUCCUUAUCUCAAAACACGGAACGUCAGCAACCCAUCCAAAUGAGACUUCAUGGCAACAUUGCUCAAGUCUUGCGUCUUAUUCGGUUACUUACGGUUCCUAAUAGUACUUUGGAAAUGACAGGAACAGUAACUUUUUCGUUAAAGUUAAAUGAAGAGGAGCAAAAAUAUUUGUGUGAAAGUGAUGAGAAGACUUGUUUUCGUUGGAUAGUUUCAAGAAGUGCAGCUGCAGUACAUUUAGAAUGUGCUUCUUGUUCAGGAGAAUCUUCACAUAUUAUCAUUUCUGGCAAGUUUGAAUGUGUGAUCAAAGCCUAUGAUUUAGUUGCAGAGUUGUUGGAUCCUCAAAAGAGAGGAAAGCAUCCUUUAGAAGUGGAGAACAAGUCUCAUAAUAAUGAAGUGAAGCAUAGCUUUGGUUUGGACUCUACUUCGGAGUUUCCAGCAGUAUGGCUUACUUUACAAGAAUCGUCCUUAGCAGAUCCAUUUUCUUCUCGUCAACAGUCUCCAGUUUCACGUCAAUUUUCGGAUUGGAUUGUUCCUCCUUCGUUAGUUCAUUCACAUAAUUUGAGCCAUCAUCAUUCUACUACUUCCAAUGCAGCUUCUUCUCAUACAUUUCUCUCUUCUUCUGCUCCUUCUCCUAUUACUAGUCAUACAUUAUCUUCCAUGUCCCAUACGAAUAAUAAGAAAGAUGAGAUUAUCAGUCGUUCACUUCCUAUUAGUGCUGAUUUAGGAGGAGUGGUAGUUGGAAGAGGUGGAACCAUGAUCAAUAGAGUUCGUCGUGACUUUGGUGUCGAAGUGGAUAUCAAUCCUGGAGAAACUUCUGUACGAUUGAGAGGUCCUAAAAGUGCAGUUGAUGCAGCUUUUCGCUUUUAUGAAAAGAAGUUGGAACAUGCAUUGAGAAAAAGAGGAGAGUUUCAUAUUUCACCUACACAAUUUUCAGAAGAAACGGAAUCUCUUGAAGGAGGAAGUGCAAGUUGUUCACCAUUUUCAUUGCCAAAUACGACAACCUAUUCUCAUCAUCCUUCAGCUUCUCCUCCACAUUCCAUUCCAAGUUGGAUGCCAGUGAAUGACUCACAAUUUGAUGAUGGCUUUGCAGGUGAUCGUAAUCUAUUUGGAGAAAUAUUGCCUAAUAUUCGUCAUCGUCAUUGGUAAAGUAUUUCGAAUGGAGGAUAUGCUGGUUCCGAUAUCCAUAGAACUAAGUAUUCGUUCAGAUUUUGUGUUAGAAAAGGAUUCUUUUCGAAACUAUUUGUAUAUAGUUGGCUUCCUUUGUGUUAGAAAGAGUACGUCAACAGAGGGUCUCAACCCUCCUCCAAAAGAUAUACUACACUUUACGACAUCCUUUCACUCACUUUCC